AUGGCCAUGGUUGUCGAUGACACCAUUGCCGGACUCGACUUAUCCGGUUACAGCAGCACCACCACGACAACCACCACCACCUCUUCAGAAGAUGACCAUGGUUGCAACUGGAAUGAUUGGCUACCGGUGGUCGACUGGGAUGCACUUUCUGGUGGCCACGAUGAGUUCCAGGACCUCAUUGAAUCGAUGAUGGGCAACAACACCGAGCUUCACCAAUUCAACUCAAGUCAGCUCAACAAAGCUUUGUCCUAUGAAAGGUGCAACUCAAUGUCCCCAGACUUCGAGAAAAUGACGGUGGAUGAAGAAACGAACGGCACGGAGGACUUCAAAGGUUUGAGGCUCGUCCACCUUUUGAUGGCCGCGGCGGAGGCACUGACCGGCACGAACAAGAGCCGUGAUCUGGCUCGAGUGAUAUUGGUUCGGCUCAAGGAAUUGGUGUCUCCAAACGAUGGCACCAACAUGGAGAGGUUGGCGGCCUAUUUUACCGAGGCCUUGCAGAGCUUGCUAGAAGGCGCUUGUGGUGCGCAUGGUAAGCAUAUGUUGGGUAAUGGACCCCACCACCGUGAUCAUCAUCAUCAUCCGACGGACAUCCUUGCAGCAUUUCAGUUAUUACAAGAUAUGUCCCCUUAUGUUAAGUUUGGACAAUUCACGGCCAAUCAAGCCAUUUUAGAAGCUGUGGCACAUGAUAGGAGGGUGCAUAUAGUGGACUAUGAUAUCAUGGAGGGGAUCCAAUGGGCCUCAUUGAUGCAAGCUUUGGUGUCAAGGAACGAUGGUCCCCCAGCCCCACACCUUCGGAUCACAGCGAUAUCGAGAGGUGGGUCCGGUCGUCGAUCAAUCGGGACCAUACAAGAGACAGGUCGCCGUUUGAUUGCUUUUGCAGCAUCCAUUGGUCAACCAUUCUCUUUCCAUCAAUGUAGGUUAGACUCUGAUGAAACAUUUAGGCCCUCUGCCGUGAAAUUGAUUAGAGGGGAGGCUCUUGUGAUCAAUUGUAUGCUGCACUUGCCCCACUUCAGCUAUCGUUCACCUGAUUCAAUUGCUUCGUUUUUAUCUGGAGCCAAGACCUUAAACCCAAGACUAGUGACCCUAGUCGAGGAGGAGAUGGGGCCAAAAGGCGAAGGAGGGUUUGUGGGCCAAUUUAUGGACUCAUUACACCAUUACUCGGCGGUCUAUGACUCGCUCGAGGCAGGCUUUCCAAUGCAAGGACAAGCUCGGGCAUUGGUAGAGCGGGUUUUCUUGGGGCCCCGAAUAUCAGGGUCAUUGGCCCGGAUCUAUCGUUCUCGUUGUGAGGAUGAGGGAUACUCUUGGGGGCAGUGGUUGGGUGCGGUGGGGUUCAAUCCCGUUAGCAUAAGCUUUGCCAAUCAUUGUCAAGCAAAGCUGCUGUUGGGACUUUUCAAUGAUGGAUAUAGGGUGGAGGAGUUGGCCAAUAAUAAACUCGUUUUAGGGUGGAAAUCACGGCGUUUACUAUCGGCCUCUAUUUGGACUUCAUCAAAUUCUGAUUUUUAA